AGGCUGUGGGUGGAAUAAUAAUAAUAAAAAAGUAGGUAUGUAUAAGAGGAAGUUAAGGAUAGAAAAACAAUAAUGAGAGAGUUCCAAGGUGUCACAAUGUGAAAUAUUGUUUAAUGUGUAUUGACCUCAAUGUGGAUAACUACUUGUGAAGGCUUGGACUAAAUGCAUGUAUGGAGUGCUCAACACUUGCUAAUUUGUUUCCUUUUCCUCAUCCUCUUUUCUAUGUUAAAGGUGUCCAAACAAUAUAGAAGCACUAAAUGUAACAGACAUCUUAGAAUUCCAUCUCCUGGGUCUCUCAGCUGAUCCAGAAUUGCAACCUGUCCUCUUUGGACUGUUCCUGACCAUGUACCUGAUCACAGUGUUUGGGAACCUACUCAUAGUUAUGGCCGUCAGCUUUGACUCCAACCUCCACACCCCUAUGUACUUCUUCCUCUCCAAUCUGUCCUUGGCUGACAUCUGUUUUACCUCUACCACUGUUCCGAAGAUGAUUGUAAACCUCCAGACUCACAAUAGAACCAUCUCCUUUGAGGGCUGCCUGACACAGAUGUCUCUUUUUCUCAUUUUUGGAUGCAUGGAUGAUCUGCUUCUGACUGUGAUGGCCUAUGACCGUUUUUUGGCCAUCUGUCACCCCCUGCAUUAUCCAACCAUUAUGAGCCCUAGACAUUGUGGCUUUUUAGUUUUGGUGUCUUUUUUGGUUAGCCUUUUGGAAUCCCAGCUGCACAAUUUGAUUGCAUUACAGUUUACUACUUUCAAGGAUGUCAAAAUUGCUAAUUUUUUCUGUGACCCUUCUCAGGUCCUCAGUCUUUCCUGUUCUGGCACCUUUGUCAAUAUCAUGUUAAUGUCUUUUGUUGGUGCUCUAUUUGGUGUUUUUCCCAUCUCAGGAAUCCUUUUCUCUUACUAUAAAAUAGUUUCCACUAUUCUGAGAAUCCCAUCCUCAGGUGGGAAAUAUAAAGCCUUCUCUACCUGUGGGUCUCACCUAUCAGUUGUUUGUUUAUUUUAUGGAACAGGCUUUGGAGUGUACCUUGGUUCAGCUGUGUCACAUUCUUCUAGAAAAUCUGCAGUGGCCUCAGUGAUGUACACAGUUGUCACCCCCAUGCUGAACCCCUUCAUCUACAGCCUGCGGAACAGAGACAUUAAAAGUACCCUAAAGAGGUUCCACAAUAGAAUCAUCUAAACCUCAGGAUCUUUGAUGUCCAUUUGAUGGAUAGUUUGGAAAAAGCAAUAAUAGCUAGCACUUAGACCUGUAAAUCCCAAUCCUUUGGUUACAUUAUUUUCUAGUUGAUAACUUUAAUUUCUCAUGUUUCAUUGUGGAAUGGUAGUUGUUGGGGUUUUUGGAUGAGAUUAAAGGGAAUUUGAAAAUGUUUUUAUUAGUGCAUUAUAGUUAUACAUUUGUUCCAUUUCAAUCUAUGUACUUCUACCUUCCCUCCCCUUUUCCCUUCACCUGCUCCCCUUCCUCACUUUGGUACUCUUUUAUUUAUUUUUUUAAGUUGGUGGUUUACAAAUAUACAUAAAGAUAUGUUCAUGGCAUGGUUUUGUCAAUUUUAUUCCACUAUUCUCCCUUUUCUCAUCUGUCCUCCCUCCCUCUCAAUCCCCUACCUCACUCCACUGAUCUGCUUUCUAUUUUCAAGAUCUUCUACCCUCAUUUGUUUUCCAUAUUUCCUUCUAGCUUCCACACAUGAGAAAGAAUAUUUGGCCUUUGACUUUCUGAGUCUGGCUUAUUUCACUUAGCAUGAUAUCUCCAGUUCCAUCCACUUAACUAGCAAAUGCCACAAUUUUAUUCUUUAUGGCUGAGUAAAACUCCAUUGUGAAUAUAUACCACAUUUUAUUUAUCAGUUUUUCUGUUACAUACCUUUUCUGGUCCCAUAACUGUAAAAAGGGUAUAAAGUUUCAGUUUAGAAAGGUGAAAAAUUUCUGUGAAUGGAUCUUGUUGAUAGUUUCCUAUCAAUAUGAAUUCAAUUAAUACCAUCAAACUGUGAAUUAAACCAUGGUUGAAAUGAUAAAUUUUUAUUAUGUGCAUUUUACCACAUCAGAGAGUAUAGAUAAAAAUAAGAUGGCUCAUAAAUUUUAAAAAGUUAUUUCUAUGGAUAUGCUAAAGAAAAAUCAGAAGGAGAAGGGUAUAGUUAAAUAUGAUUCAUCCUGAGACAUAUUUUUGAAUUCACAUCACUCCAGACUCCAGGGCAUUUCAAAAUUUUAUUCAUUAUUAAGCUCAUUUUUUCCCAUUGUAAUGAAAUUCUUUAUUUGAAUAACACCAUAAUAAC